AUUCAGAACCAGAAAAAGGAAACCGUCCGAGGACAUUUGCCUUCUAUUCUCUUACUUUUUACGGAGUGCAAUAUUUUUGUAAUUAACCCCAAAGUUAUUUUAGUAUGGAGCUUAAGGGCAAUUUCCUGUUGGUUGCCGCCAUUGAUUUUGGAACUACGUACACUGGUUAUGCCUAUUCAACUCGAAAAGAAUUCCAGACCGAUCCUCUGAAAAUUAACAUGAUGACGUGGAAUGCGGGAUCAGGAGGACUUGUGUCUCAGAAAACAUCCACCUGCGUUCUAUUUAAGCCAGAUGAGACAUUUCAUUCCUUCGGAUAUAAGGCUGAAGAUAACUAUACCGAGCAGGUACUGGAUGGUGACUACGAAGACUGGUUUUUCUUCCGCCGCUGUACAAAGAACAUAAACAAAAACCUAAUGUUGAGAACAUCAGAUGGAAAGGAAAUGUCAGCAAUCAAAGUUAUAUCAGCUGUGAUAGGCUACCUGAAGGGACAUUUGAUGGAAACGAUAAAGACUCAGGGAGUCGAUGUCUCCGAGUCGGAUAUCAGAUGGGUAGUCACUGUACCCACCAUAUGGAGUGACGCAGCGAAACAGAUGAUGCGAGAGGCAGUUGAAAGGACUGGAAUAGCAAGGAAUCAACUAAUUCUUGCAUUAGAACCAGAAGCUGCAUCAAUGCUCUGUAAAAACCUCCCUGAAGUUCUGCUUUUAUAUGAACACUGCACAGACAAAGUUGAUACUUUCCGGUCAGGAGCGAAAUACAUGGUGUUCGAUGCUGGAGGUGGUACCAUAGAUAUCACGGUACAUGAAGUGCUGAAGGGAGGAUUUUUGAAAGAAAUCUACGCAGCAAAUGGCGGAGACUGGGGAGGGACCAAGGUGGACGAAGCUUUCGAGGAAUUCAUGGAGAGUAUUGUUGGGAAGGCAGCGUUCCAACACUUCAAGGAUAAUGAUAUACCGAGUGCCAUAGACCUUCAACGGUAUUUUGAGGUAAAAAAGAAGACCUUCACAGGUGAAGAUAUUGGAACGAAAACAACGUUAAUUGUUCCAUGUUCGCUUUUAAAAUCAUUCAGAAAGUACAACCGAGGAAAACAAAUUGCUGACGCCAUUGAAGUUUAUCACUGUUCAACAGACGUGGAAUGGAAGCGGGACAAAGUGCGACUUUCACAAAAGAAAACGCUUACUUUGUUUGAACAAUCGUUCAAGCACAUCACUGAACACGUUUGCGAAAUCCUCAGUAAACCGGAGGUUAAGGAUUGUGAGGCUAUCCUGAUGGUGGGUGGCUACUCCGAAUGUUCACUUCUCCAGGACGCCAUCAGAACCAUCGCCGGAGGCAUCCGUCUGAUCGUCCCUAGUGAUGCGAACCUAGCAGUACUAAAGGGAGCUGUGAUCAACGGUCACUGUCCGGACACUGUGUCAGAACGGAUAUGUAAAUACACAUACGGAACAGAUUCCAGGAAGCGUUUCAAAGAAGGAGUACACAGAAAAGAUUAUCGUGUAAUAGAUGAAAGUGGAGAAAUCUGUUGUAAAAACAGUUUUUCAUCACUUGUCAAAAAGGGCACACACAUAAACAUUGGUACAUCUUCGUUUACUGAUACGUUCAGUGUGGCUACCUUAGGUCAAACAGGUAUGUGUUUUGGACUGUAUGCCUCAACGUCUGUUGACCCAUUGUAUAUCACAGACGCAAGUUGCCAGAAAAUAGGAGCAAUCACGUUGGAUAUGCCUGAUACAUCGUUGGGUCUUGACAGAGGAGCACGUGUAACGAUGUAUUUCGGGGGAUCAGAGGUCGAACUCAAAGCCGUUGACAAACAUACCGGAAAUGAGAUACGAGCCUGUUUUGAUCUUCUCGGUUAG